GCCGUCGCCAUUUUGUCGAGCUGCCUAUCUCGGGCGCCGCCAUGUUGGUGAGAAGAAAUCACCGCCACGGCCACUAUCCAAAUCCCCGUGUUCCUCCACGCCACCCGCUCGCUCCCAAGCCUCGGCCAGCAGCGGCGGAUAGAGACUAAAGCAGCAGCGCCAGCAGCGCCCGGCAGCGAGGGGGGCCAUUGCCCUGUGUUUGCAGUUAGAGCCCCAUCUUUCUGCUGUGAUUGUUAAUAGACUGGAAAAGUCUCUGUGUCUCUCUGUGUCGCUCACUAAGUAACCGUGAGUUUUUACCAAUUCAUCAUCUCUCACCACCGAGUCCCAGCGGCGGCCGAGAGCAGGUGGUGAUCACCGAGUCCAAGUGUGUGUGUCUCUCUCUGUCAGGCAGCAGCAGCAGCAGGGCGUGUGCGCGCUAGGGUCUCUGGUCGGUGGCCACAGGGCAGUUUCCUCCUCGCCACCUCCUGCUGCUCAUCCCUCCACCACCACCUCCACCAUCACCACCUCCUCCACCACCUCCUCCACCAGCCUCAUGGCCUUUGAGAGCCUUUUCUCCAAACCCCCCAACCCCGUUCUUGACAAAAACAUGACAGACUCUGAACAUGCAGGGGACGAAAGAGAAGAUGGCGAAUUAGAAGAUGGUGAAAUAGAUGAUGCUGGAUUUGAGGAACCACAGGAACAACCAGAAACAAAAGCAAAUGACAAACAGAAAAGUGAGAGAACCCACAGAAAAUCAAGAAAGAAACGCAAGAAAGAAAAAGAAAAGAAAAAAUCAAAAAGGAGAAGACGUGAGAAACACAAGCAUAAUUCUCCCUCCAGUGAUGAUAGUUCAGACUACAGCCUUGAUUCGGAUGUUGAACAUACAGAAAGGUCCCAUAAAAAAGGAUCAAGUUCCUAUAGGGAUUAUGACUCAUCAUUUCUUCAGCAUGGACAUUUAUCAGGAAACUACAUGAUAUCACAGAAAAGUCAGCAUAAAAAAUCAAAAAAUAAAGAUUAUGACGAGUAUAGUAACUACAGCGAUGACAACUUUGAUAACUACAAUCAGGAAACAGAAGAAGAUUUUGCUGAUCAGCUUAAACAAUACAGACAAGCUAAAGAAACCUCAAACCCUGCUUUAGGAUCACCAUAUCAUAAAGAAUCAGGGAAAAAACAAGGAAUGAAAGGAGUUCAACCAGUUGAGCAAAGGAGUAAAAGUUACAGUGUUUGUCGUGGACGUGGCAUGCCGAAGAAACUGAAGCGCAAAGAACGUGGCAGAGGGAGAGGCAGUAAAGGGCCUAAUACUUUUUCUGGAACAGAUGGCUUUCAAGAGGAUGGUAAACCUGUAAAAAAAUGGGUGAAUAUGAGUCAAGAGUUCAUAAACCAGCACACAGUAGAACACAAAGGAAAACAGAUUUGUAAAUAUUUUCUUGAGGGGAGAUGUAUUAAGGGAGACCAGUGCAAAUUUGAUCAUGAUGCAGAGUUGGAGAAAAAAAAGGAAAUCUGCAAAUUUUACAUACAAGGAUAUUGCACCAAAGGAGAAAAUUGCAUUUAUAUGCAUAAUGAAUUUCCUUGCAAAUUUUAUCAUACGGGAGCAAAAUGUUAUCAAGGAGAUAAGUGUAAAUUUUCCCAUGCUCCUCUCACUAAAGAAACAAAAGAACUUCUGGACAAAGUCCUGAAUACUGAAGAGGAACCACAAAAUGAAGAUGAAAGAGAAUUAGAAGAACUCAGAAGGCGUGGCAUUGCUCCUCUUCCUAAACCACCUCCAGGAGUUGGCCUUUUGCCAACCCCACCAGAGCAUUUUUCAUUUUCAGAAUCAGAAGAUAAUUUUCAAGCAGAUCUUUCCGAUGAAUUUAAGAAAAUUCCAUCUCUCUUUGAAAUAGUUGUAAAACCUACUGUGGAUUUAGCACACAAGAUUGGGAAGAAGCCACCAGCAUUUUAUAAUAGUGCCUCACCACCAGGACCACAGUUUCAGGGAAACAACUCACAUCCUCAGAAUAUGUACAAUUCAGGGUCAAGUCCAAGUCCUGGUCCUACCAUGUCUCAGGGACACAAUGGUCCUGCAAUGCAUCCAGGUUCUCCUGGACACCACCAAUGUACAGGUCCUCCUGGCCCACCAAUGCCACAUAGCCCACCAUUGCAACCUGGUCCACCUGGAUUUUUAGGGUCUCAUAAUCAAGCUGGAGGACCCAUUCAACCAGGCCCACCUUUGACACCACCUGGGAUGAGUGGUUCCUAUAACUCUAUAGGAGUCCAGGGACAUAUGAUGAACAUCGCUAUGGAAAAUCACUGUUCUUCAGGUCCAUCUUACCAGCAAGGUCCCAGUGAAAUGCAGCUCAGUGCCAACUAUGAAUCCUUACAAAACCCAGCUGAAUUCUAUGAUAAUUACUAUUCACAUCAAGCGGUACAUAAUUUUCAGACAGCCAAUAACUCUGGUGAUGGAAUGUGGCAUGGUGAAUUUGCUGAACAUCAACCUCACAUGGCUCAAGACUCAUUAAACAGUGGAAAUGAGUCAGAUUGUAUCAACACAUCAGGCCAUAAAACUGCUAUAAAUGUACCAGAUUUCCUUCCUGCAAUGCAGAAAGCCCUCUUUGUAAGACUUAGUCAGAAACAUCAAGAGGAUGGAGAACCAAUUGGUCACCAGUCUCAGAGGACAUUAAGCAAAGAAGAAGAUGAUAAUGUUAACUGGUAUUCCAGUAGUGAAGAAGAAGAGGGAAGUAGUGUCAAAUCAAUAUUGAAAACUUUACAGAAACAAACAGAGACUUUAAGGAAUCAACAACAUUCCACAGAACUUGGUACUCCUACCGAUCCAAGACUUGCUAAAGACAAAAAUACAGGAAACCAAACUGUUGAUCCUAGACUUAGGGCUGUCCCAAGACAAAGUGUUAGAAAACCUGAUUCUGCUCCUUUUGAUCCUAGACUUGCCCGAGAUCCCAGGAAAUUAAAAAUUAAUGAAAGCAGUCACCCAAGUCCUUGUAUUGGUGGAGGAAAGUUUGACUUACACCAUACAAAUUCUGGAGCUAAAGUCAAACAAAAAGGAGUAGACGAUGAAGAAGAAGAAACAGAAAGAGAGCUGAGAGAAAAAGCUUUCCUAAUACCUUUGGAAUCUUUACCUGGUAUAACACUACAAGAUCCAAGGUCUCAGCUUAGACAAUUCAGCCAUAUUAAAAUGGAUAUUAUCCUGACCAAACCAAACUUUGCAAAAUACAUUGUAUGGGCUCCUGAGGAUUUACUUCCAGUACCCUUACCUAAACCUGACCCCAUUUCAUCAAUUAACUUACCUCUUCCCCCACUUAUAGCUGACCAGAGGCUAAAUAAAUUACGUAACAUAAACAGUGAUCUUCAUCAAAGUACAAUACCAGCUGAUCCAAGAUUAGCAGCAAAAGCCAAAAAUAAUACUACAAGAAGUGGAUAUUUGGACCAACCUGGAGAAACCCAUAGUCCAGGAAAUAAAUUAGGGGAUCCUAGGUUGCAAAAAAAUAUUGAUCCUAGACUUCAUAGGCUGUCCAGUACAGACUCUCAUCAUGGGAUUGCAAAGGAUCCUCAUCCAUCAAAAUUUGAUCCACGUUUGUCCAGACCUAGUCCUGGUUCAUCACAGACUUCAGGGGCAGUAACUAAUAAAUCUGAGUCUGAUUCUCUUCCUCCAUAUGCUCCUAAACUCUCAUCUUCAACUGGUGUUAGACUAGGAACACCAAGUUCUAUACUUAGUGGCAUUAGUUUGUAUGACCCAAGGGAACAUGGCUCAUUGUCUUUAUCAGAUUCAACACCACUUUCUUUAGGAGAGAAUGGAGAGAACCAGAAAAAAAUCAGUGGCUUACAAAACAAUGGCAAAAUUGAGCUUUCUCCUUCAGAAGCUUUUCAAAAGACCACUCAAAAUUUGGAAAAGACUGCAGAUGGGCCAGUUGACCCACAGUUGGAUAAACAGAAUAAUACUAUUAAGACUCAGGUUAAAUCUGAGCCCCCACAACCUAGUACUGCACCAGCAGUGCACAACCUUCCAAUCCAGGCUUUAACAGGAUUAAUAAGACCACAGUAUAGUGAUCCAAGACAGACAAGACAGCUGGGACAGGUGAAUCAAGCACCAGAUAAUGAUCCAAAUGGAGAAUCAGAUGAUAAAUCCCUGAAGGAUGUUUUUAAAACUUUUGAUCCAACAGCUUCACCAUUUUGUUAGCAAUUGCUUUAUUAAAAAAUUCUUUUUACUGUUGCGACUAUUGCAGUUCUCUGCUGUUUUGUAACUGGUUUACCUCUAUGCUUUAUUUAUUUUUAAAUUAUAAUUAUCAACACUUUUUCAGCUGCUAAUUCCAGAACCACAUGCAGUUAUAUGCUCUAGUGUUUGCAAAGAUGUGGUAUUUUCUACAUACUUUUUCAACUUCAGGGAGACUGUAAUAAUUGACUUAUAGAAACAGAUGUAUCACGUUAGAGCUGAUAAAAGCACUUUUCAUUGUAAAUAAAACAUCAUGAAGAACUCAGCACUCAACCUGUAUAUGUACAAGCUGUCUUUCAUAAUCAAUGUUUAGACAAAUAAUUACCACUUUUGUAUGAUGUAUAGUUUUGAGCAAUACAAUGUACAUUACUUUAAAAUAAAUAUUUCAGACUUAGAUCUUCUGAAUUUAUCAGGCCAAACCUGCUAACUGAAAGAUAAACAAAUGAAGUUAAAAAAAAAAAAAAGCUUAAUCCUCAUUUUUAGAGCAGUUGAUGUAAGGACAUCACUUUUAUUCAUUCUGUCAAUAUUUUUGUGCAAAUGAUAACUAUAUCAUCUACUAAAACAUUCAAAAUGUCUUAUCUUUUCAAAGUAUUUUCUUCUAUACUGUAUAUAAAAAAAUUGUGAAGUCUGUAACUAAAAUGUUGUUAAAAGGUGAGAAUACCUAAGUUGUCUAAUACAAAACUUUUUAUUUAAUUUUUCACAUAAAACAAUUCUGAAUUAGUGCUAUAGGUUACAUUGUGGUGUUUAUGUAUUUCAAUGUAUUUUUGUAUUCAGCAGCUUAAUUUGUAUUGCUUUUUUGUAUUGAUGUUACUGCAGUACUUGUAUUCAUCGUGUCUUCAGCAUUUUUAACAAAAUUUUAAAAAGAUAUAGUGGGAGUCCAUUAGCGACUAUUAAACUGAUAAUGUUCUCAGUGACCAGGUACCGUAUUUUUACUUAUAACUCUUGGAAAAUAGAAACUACCUGAACCGAUCUUAUACAGAGAUUACUGAUCUAAUUAACUGUACACAACUACCAGAAAAGAACCUCUUUUAAAUCUAGCCCAAUGGGCAUUCUACUAUAAAAGGGACUAUCUUGUGUUUGAGUAUUUAAUGUUCUCAUGGUUUGUAAAUCUCCUAAAUUGAUUAGAAAUUGUAUUUUUAUAAAACCUCGUAUUCUUGUGUAUUUAUUAUAGUGUACAAAUAAUGGCUAGCCUAUUUGUUUCAAACUUUGUCAUGCACAUACUGUUUAGAACUCAGAAAAUAAGUAUUACACUGAUACUCAUAUAUCCUGAGCUAAAGAUAUAUGAUAGUGUUUGCUGAUAGCAAAUUCAGUAGGUAACUUUGAGAGGAACAUUUCAUUAUAAAACAUAAUGAAAGUAAAAGUUAGGAUUUUAAAACUUAGCCUAGAAAUUGGUCUUCAAAUAAAAAUGACCACUUUUGCUAAGUAAUUUUUAAAUUUACAUGGCUAAUUGUUUCUGUGGGAACCUGUCACCUUUGUACCUAGAUACUCAGAUAAUAGCAUAAGACUUAAUAUUAAUAUUAAUGCAUGUACACUCCUUACUUUUUAUUCAUUAUUUGUUAUUAUUUGACCUAUUACAUUUAUACUGAAACUGAGUUUCAGUUAGAGUAGCAAAUGUAUGUCUAUUCCAUGAUAAGAAUUUUUUUUAAUGGGAAGAGAGGUACUAUACUAAGAUAUAAAUGUGAUUGCCUACUGAUUCUCUUUUAAUUGCCUGAUAGCCAUGGACAGGCCUUUUUGGUUUUAAAAAAAAAAAAAAAAAAAAGAAAGAAAAGAAAAAGUCAUAAUGACAGUAGUCAUCAUAAUAUAAAUUCUGCUUUCUUAACUAAGGAAACAAUUGUCUAAUAAAAACACUCAAUAGAGGGUGCAAAAUUUAAGUCAAAUAUAUUUUUAAAUAUAUAUAUACGUAUAUAUAUAUAUAUAUACACACACACACACAUACACACAUUUUAUUUUUGUGGUUAAAAUUGAAUACUAAUUCACUACAAAGAGCAUCACUACAUUUUUGAAACUUUUUAUUUAGCUAUAAUAGCUGCAAUUAGCUCAUCCAUGUAUCUCAAGGCUCCUCAUAAUAUAUUUAAAUACUGUACACAUUUUAAUAACAUAUGAAAAGAUAAUAUCUGUUUAUAUUUAAGAUAGAAUCUAAGCCAGUAGUCUUGAUUCCACUCUUUUAAUAAGAGAGGAUCUUUUUUCCACUAAAAAAUUAUCAACAGUAAGGAUUAACAUUCAUGAAUGUUAAAUAAGUUUGUUCAAGUGAUGGUUAUUUAGACAUGUUGCCUCGGUCAGAUUUUGGUUACAAUUUAAAAUGGAAGUGAAUACAUUAUAUAAAGAAUGCUUUUUGUUAUUUUUAAAAAUAUGUUAUUUCAUAUAUAACUGCAGUUUUAUGGAGCUAUAUCUAGCUAAGAAAGAAAUUGUUUUCUCACACUGGCAUGUCAAGUACACUGGCCUACAUAGACAAUUUUAAUGUAUUUUUGAUAUUGAUAUAAUUGUAGUUCAUUAAUUGUGUUUGGGACAUUUUAAACAGAAUUAUAAAAAAUGUAAAGGGAGUCUUUUAAUGAUUGUUAAACAAAUAAUGUUCUAAAAGAACAGGUACUGUGUUUUUUAAAUUUACGAUGUUGGUAAAAUAGGCAAUACCUGAACUAAUUUUAUAGUAAGAAUUAUAGAUAAAAACAGCUACCAGAAAGAAAAUUUACUAAUUGUUUUCUUUUUAUACUCUUUUUGAGUGUUUUUCUUAAUAAUUAAGGUCCCUUAGGAAAGCAGAACUUAAAGGAUAUGAUGACUAUUUCAACCUUUUUUUCCUCACCCAAAAUUCAUGGAACAAUAUUAAUAUUCUCUGAUUUAUAAGCCACUUUAUAGGGUUGAAUUAGAUAUUUGAACCAUUAGUGUCCCGUAAAGCAACUCCCUCAGCAACUAUGAAGAUUCCAGAGGCAACUAGGAAUAGGUUGUAGCCUUGAGGAAAAUCUGAUUUAGACCUUACUCUUUCUACAUUACUUUAAGGCAUAAUGUUCUUUUCAUAGUUGCACACUUGUGUGCUUUAGAUCUUAGACGGAUAUAAUUACUGAUUAUGAUCAGGAAUCUGAACUGAGGUACAAGAGAUCAUAAUUUAUUUGAAGGUUGCUCUUUCUCAAAUCUGAUUUUGGCUAUUGCAUAUGGCCUCAGACUUCUUCUAUCUUUGGAGGAUUACAACUUUGAACUAGUCUCAAAUAUUACCCUAAGAGCAUAAAUCUCCCCAAGCUAUAAGCUUGAAACAUUUCACAACCCCAGAUUCACCCUUUGCAUAGAUUCCAGAUUCCAAAGUUUUUAAUAUUUUAUUUAAAAUGUAGAAUGGAACCAGAUUUCAUGGAUAAGAAGUAAUGAUGUCAAGUUUCCCCUAAAAUUCCUUGCAUUUGAUCUGUUUUAGGAUUUCUAGUUUUUAUUGUCAACCCUCUUUAUUUUGAGAGUAGAACGAUAUUUGAUUAUUUAAGAAAGGUUAAUUCUAACCUUCUAAAUUCAUCUAUAUAAUUUUUCUUAAAAGUGGUGUGGUAGUGUGGAACGUCAAACUGAGAAUUUAAAAAUUAUGAAUUUAUGUAUUGGUUCUAAAUGUAUUUGCCCUAAACAAAUGAAUUGAUUUUGUGUCUAUUUUGUCACUUAUGAAGUGAGGAUAAUAUGGCUGCUCACAAUUGUUGAAAGAAAUAAUAAAUAAUUAUUGUAAAGUAUUUUGUAAAUAGAAAAUUGCUUUAUAAGUACUUCAUAAAAAUAAUCCAUCUAUACCUACUGGGAUGAAUUAAGUUGUGCAACUUGGAAAGCAACUUGUGAAGUUUCAAUAGUGUAUGCUGAAAUUAUUUUAGAGCCUUCAUUCAUAUUUCUUAAAGUCACAGUUGCCUAAUAAUUUGCUUCAAAUAAUUUCAACAAGUACCAGUUUCCUGAACUAUAGUUUAUAUUAUUUAUAAACAGAAAAACAAUCCUUGCUCCAGGGUUUUCCUUUACUUUCGUAUAUGUCUAUGUGUUUGUGUUAAAAAUGGGACAUUUAUACAAAUUUACAAAGCAUGAUACUGAGUGGUGGAGUUUUUUAAUUGCUGUAAAAGGCUGCUUCUGUGUGGUAUGCUUGGUAAUACAACAUUCUUCUGAGGUAACAAGCUCAAUCAUUAUAUUUGCCUAUGGCUCUUAGAAACCAGCUUACCCAUUCUGUGCAGUACAUUACUUUCUAUGUUCAUGUAUGAAGCUUGUGAUAGUGCUAAGUAUUUCAGAAAAGUAAUGUCACUUAUAUCAGAAUGACCAUUUGAUCAAACCAAGUGUUAUUGCUUCUGUCAAAUACAGUGAAAGCCAUAGAUUGCUUAAAAGGUGGAAGAUUUCUUGGACCCAUGACUUUGAGGUCUUAGAUAUAAUGGGAAAGACUCUGCUAUGACAUUCGACUCUGUUGGCAAAGCUUGUAUCUUGCUCCUAGUUAGUGAGUUUAUUAGUUCUUGUUAUCUGUGGAAAUGCAAAGACAGGCUCAUUAUUCAAGUGGUCUUCAAACUAUCAAGUCUCUGUGCUUCCUCUAGUAGUCUGCUUUUGUGAACAUUGCUGAAAUGUAGGUUUUCCAUGUUUUUGGCUGCUCUUUAUAAUCAACUUGCUGGAAAUGAACUUAAAGUUUUACCUGUUGAAUUUUUAGACCACUAGUAAAUUGACAACAGUUCAGAGAAAUCUUUGUUUAAUUAAAUAUAAUCUGUGUGUAGCAAAGAAGGCCUUUAGUUGAACAUUUUAAAAUUACUUCUCUAAUGAGAGCCAAUGUCAUUAGAAUACCUUAAUCUGUUUAAAGAUUUAUAAUUUCAUCAGUGUGGAUUCUUCCUUCCCUGAAGCAGAUCCAACCCCACCACAUUCCAUGAAAUUCUGUAGCUGAAAAUUUAAUCACUUGGGUGGACAGUUUUCUGGUGAUGAGCCUCUCUUCAUUUAAUUACUUAGGUGACAGAAAUUCAAUCAACUGCCAGGCCCCAUAAUUAAAGUCUUUCUAGUUUGGUAAGACCUACUAGAUUUGUGCUUUACUGGAAUAGCCUUUGAGAACUCAGGGUCAACUCCAUGCCACAAUGAAUGAUCAGGGUAGGACUUUAGUGAAGGAUCAGUCACUAUACUUUGCAGAACCAGUCUGAAUGGAUCCUGUUGUUCACAAACUCCAGUAAAUGAGCAUCAUACUUCUUUUAGUUCUUACUAGUUGCACCAUAUCCUAAUUUAUCCCUUUGGGCACUAAGGGGUACAAAGCUAAGAAAGGGCUUUUCAUCUUUCCCCAGCUUUUAAUGCUUAUGUAAAAUAAUCUAUGUUUUUAAGAAUAAAUAAAAAGCACAUUUGAAAUUAGCUUGUAAAUGGCUUAAGGACAGGAAAUACAUCUGUUAUGCUUUUUAUAUACCCCACAGGAACAAGCUUAAUACUGGCCAUAUUGUAGUGUUUUAUAAAUGUUUAAUUGAUUGGUUUUAUUAAUGCAUUAAACCCAAGGGUUAAUGUUAAGAUAACAUUUUAUCAGAGUAGUAGGGACAAAAUUAUUUUGUGGCAGCUAUGUAUACUCUUGAUUAUAUUCAAGGGCAAGCUACUUUAUGAAUUCUCUUGUCCAAUAAACAUAAGGUACCUUCUCCAGCCCUACUUUCCCAUAAUAAAUAGUUUGGAUAGUAUUGGUUGUAGGGGUGAUUCAGUUUUCCCUGUAUUUAUGGUACCAUAUACCUCAGAGAGUACUGGAAAACAUUAAGAUAAUUUGUGGAUGAUUAGGCAAAUCAAAUAGAUAAAAAUGAAUUUUUCCCAUUGUUCUUUGAAGGAUUCUUGAUAUACAUAAAACGUAACAAUUGUAAUCAUAGAUCAGUAUUUAUUAUAAAAUAAAUCCCUUGUCUGUCUUUGGGUAAUUUCCCCAAAUUGUCUCAAGGACUUAAGCCAACAAACCUUUUUAAAUUCCUAUCUUCCUUAGAGGAAAGUAAACACUGUGUGUGUUAACACCUUGAUAGAUAGUUUAUAGGUAGAAUAACAAUCAGCAUUCACAAGUGAUAGUAGUUCUGCCUUUGAAAUUUUAAAAUUCAAUAUUGCUUUAUUCUAACUCAACAAUUUUCUAAUUUUAUCUUUAAAGCUUGAACCAUCUAUCCAUCAUUGCUAUUUUUGGUGGGAUAUUUUAUGUGUCAGAGAUUAUAUAUAAAAAAAGUGUUGAUUUUCUUCUUGGCCUCAAAUUUCAUUGUCAUUUUUUGGCAUAGCAUAUUAUAGCAUUGUUUGCCUUUUAGUCACUAGACAUUCACUCUGUACUUUUAAGUAAAAACUAGCUAACUUGUCAUGUUAGCAGAUAAGUGGAUUAUCAGCCCCCAUGUUGCCCUUCAUGUUCACUAUUUGGGCAUUUCAUUAAUAGUUAACACCUCUACCCCUGUAAAAUCUUGAGAAGAAAAGAAAUUUGCUUUUUAACUUUGCAACAUUUAUCAGUAGACAGAAAGUUUGCUCUAAUAUAAUUAGAAGUAAGCCAAAAUUAGUAUUUUGCAUUGUCCAUGUACCUUCACUACCAGCAAUGUUGCAAAUUGGUUGUUUAGUAUAUUGAAGGUUGGGAUUUUUUGGAGGGAGAGGUAGAGAGGAGAAAACACAGGAUACACAUUUGAAAAUAAGCUAAAUACAAGGAUAAGUAUUAUUACCAGAGUUUUCAUUCAUCCUUAAUCUAUUAGCAUUUGCACUUCAAGUGCUUAAGAGGGAAGUCAUAUGACUUGAGAAAUUUUUCAAGUGAUGGUAUUCCCUUUUAAGAGUGACAAUCAAAAAAGUCAUUCAGUAUGCCAAAUUGCCCUAGUUCUUAAUAUUUUUAGUUUUCAAAAAAUUCUAAAAAAGGCUCAGAUACAGAAUUCCACAAUAGUGGGUUGUUGUUUUUUCCUGUUUUGAGCUGUCAGCUUUUCCAGAAUCCAAAUGUAUUAAUAUCAUUUGUUGCUUGGGAUGUAGUGGGUGUGUUUAGACUCAUAAUAAGCUAUUUCUCUGCCAGUUUCAUAAACAUAAUUUUUUGCUAUGCAAAUCCAAAUUCUCCAAUUCAGUAUUAGGUAUUUCUGACAUUCUUCUAUCAUUAUUUGGGUUCCCAAAACUAUCAGAUGCUGUAUUCAUGUCACCAGAUACAUUUCUCUUUAGGGGCUUUUAUUGAUUUCAUCUUUGUGAACUGAUAACUUGUGGGUACUCAGACACAAUUAUCAUUUGGCUUUGACCCUUGUUGACAUUGGUAACAGGCCAUUCUGCUACUUCUGACCUAACUAAAGGCAUAUUCAUUUAACUAAAUUAGGGAAAACUUAGGUUUUCUCCUUAUUCACUGUUUCCAGAUUGCAUCUUGUUCUGUUCCAAGAUUCUGUAAUUUCUUCCUGUAACACUUUCCAUUGUCUGACUUGAAAUAAAGUUAUUUCUAAUCUC